AACAGACACACCCACAAGUCUACUGAGAAACAGAUACACAAUACUAUCAGGUCAAACUGAUUCAUAGGCUCAGCUGGUUGUGGAUAAAAUCUCCAAGCAAUCUUGCUAGCAUGGCCUUCAACUUCAGGACGGUAUCUGGAAAUUGUCCGAAUUUUUCUGCACCAGUUUUGCAUGGUGAGAAACCUUUAUCAAUAGCUUUCGCAACAGACCUGUUGGGAGGGGACGGCAGACCUGACUCGAGUAAAGUCCGCAAGGAGAAUGUGAUAAAUGCACCUGGGGGGUUUGCAGGCCUGCCAGGGGCAGAACAGUGGAAAAGUAAGAUGGAGUCCCCAUGGAGGGAGGUGGCAUGGACUGAGGAUCGCAGGGAGACCCUGAUGAAGUCUAUCAGUUCCUAUAAGCCUGGUUGUGAGGAUUUGUCUGAGGCUCGGGUUCUGCUGGUGGGGCCUGUCGGAGCCGGCAAGUCCAGCUUCAUCAGCUCUGUUCAGUCAGUCUUCACAGGAAGAUUCACUAACCGGGCCAUGGUUGGCUCUUCCUCUACCAGCUUCACCAAAAAGGUAGAGCUCCAGUUGUUCAACAUCCGUGGGCGGAGUCCGGAGCAGCCUACUGCGCUGGUCCUGUGUGAUGUCAUGGGUCUGGGAGAUGGGGAGACCACUGGACUAACCCUCCAUGACACUCUGGCUAUCAUCAAAGGCCAUGCACCCGAGGGACACAAGUUCAGUCCUGAGCAGCCUGUGAGAUCAGAGACUGUGGGCUAUGUGAAGAAGCCGUCCCUUAAAGACAAGGUCCACUGUGUCGUCUUUGUGGUGGAUGCUUCUAAAGUGUCCAGCUACACCAAAGGUCUGGGCACCACCUUCCAACAGCUCCGAGAACACAUCAGUGACCUGGGUGUGCAUCAAGUGGCACUGCUGACACACGUGGACCAGGUGUGUCAGGAAACCGCCCGUGACAUCACCCAGGUGUACAACAGUCGGAUCGUUCAGCAGACGAUGACCAAGGCUGGGGCUCUGCUUGGCAUGUCCACCUCCUACAUCGUCCCGGUGAAGAACUACUCAUCUGAGCUGGACGUUGAUGAGAACACAGACAUCCUUCUGCUCAGUGCUGUGGACCACAUCCUGCAAUACGUGGAUCUGCAUUUCCAGGACUGUGCAGCAACAUACCCCAAACUGUCUCUUUAAAAAGGCUGUGAAAUGCUAUUUAAUAUAAAAAUGCAUUACAUAUGUUUAUCAUGUUUUAUGACUUGCUUGCACUAUUGUUAACUUUUUAACUAGUUCUUUACAGAAGUCUUGCUUUGACUAAAAUAAAUGUGUAAAAGCCAUUUUGAA